AUGGCUUCCCACAUCACCCGUCGCCUCUUUUCCACCACGACCCGCCGCAUGGCGGAUCAGAGCCUGAAGGAUGAGUCGAAGCGCAACCCCGAGACCAUGAUUCUCGGCGGUGUCAUGGUCGCUGCUCUCGGCGGCGCCGGCUACUACUUUGGCCGCAACCCGACCAGCUCCACGUCCGAGUCCAGCGUGCACGUCACCAAGGGCAGCGCGCCUUGGGAGGCGGGCGGCGACGAGGCCAAGUACAAGUACCACCCGGGCGGCGACGCCAACGCCGAGCCCCGCGACGCGCCCUCGGCCGUCAACACGGUCGUCGUCCCCAACGUCACCCUCACCCAGGAGUUCCACGACAAGUACAACAAGUGGGGCAAGGACGGCUACCCUUAG